AAAAUACGUCUUGAUAGAAGGUCGACGUCUAUUAAAAAAUAAUGGGUUAUUUUAAAAUAACACUUCAGAGAUCUUGUAUUGGUUUACCAAGAAAUAUUAAGCGGGUAUUAUUAUCAUUAGGUUUACGUAAAAGAUUGUCAACGGUUUAUCAUAGUAUUUCGCCGGUAACAGCAGGGAAGAUUUUGAAGGUUAAAGAGCUUGUUUCGGUUGAGGAAGUAGAUAAACGCUUGACAACAGCUGAAAUGAGGGAACUUAGACGUCCAGAUAAAGGUUAUUAUGUAGAAUCAUAAGUUUAUAAUUGUGAAGAAAGAUUAAGAAGAAAAUUAUUGAAAAAG